UCCCUGAUGGCCUCCGGAAUCCUAGUUUCGUAUUAUUCUCGGACAGAGUUUUAUCUUACGAGUCCUCCCAAACUCCAGGUAAAUGCACCAAUUAAGUCUGACUCUUUUGGAUUCUUUUCUGAGACGAAAUUUGGAAGUUAAUAACUGUUUCCGGAAGGAGCUGAGAAGAAGACGCUCACUUCCGGCGGAGGGAGGCUUUCAGACCCAGGAUGGAGGAGGUGGAGGAGGUGCCCUUAGAGGGGAGGUUGCUGCAGCUCUCCCCGGAGCCGCGCCUGGGCCCAGACCCAGGAUGGAGCCCUUCGGGGAAAGGCUGUACUCAGAGUCUCAAAGACUUCCCGCCCGGGCUGAGCCCAGCCAUCAUCGCCAUAAAGAGCCUCCCCUGGGGCUUGGCUGUGGGCCCUUCACGCGCCAGGGAGCAGCACUUGGGCGUCUGGUGUGUCGGGGAAUCCCUGCAACCCGGAGUACACUGGGGGCCGCUGGAAGAGGAGUAUGUCUCCGAGAAGAGUCAGGGAGUGAAGCCACGUCAGGAGGAGGACCUGUUAUUAGGCUCUGGGGGAGCUGUGUGUGCCUGGGAGCAGAGUUCAGGCUGGAUCACUUUGGUGCAGCACGGAAGGCUGGAGAGUGAGGGAAAUGUGACCCUGGUUUGGAUCAACAAGAGGCUCCACCUGAAGGUGUACCAGGUUGUGCUGCCAGGCUUUGAGCUAUUACUGUGGCCCCAGUCUCCCCCAGAGGUCCUGAGCCCUACACAGCCCACGCUAGAGGAAGAGGCAGCUGUAGUAGUGGUGACAGAAGAGAAGUCUGCUGUACAAAAAGAAGUGGCCUCCCCCAGAGAGGAUGCAGCAGAACCUAGUUCAGACCCUGGUUACCAAUCACCACACAGUAUCCAGGCAGAGAAUACAAUGAGCCCUGGAUCUGUGUCCCAAACACAGGACCAACCUUCCAAAGAUACCCAAACCCUUGGCACAUUGCUUCAAGAUGGCAGCAUGGAUGAGAAGCUCCCACUCCAGGCACAAAGGCCACCUGAACCUCAGAGCAGCUCGAUCACCCAGCAGGACCCAGAGGGCAUUGAAGCCAGUUUAUUACCUUCGUCUAGAGACACCCAGCUGCAUGCCUUUCUGGCCAAGAAGUCACAUGGCCCCAGUGAUCAAUGCCUGCCCAGAACAAAGACCUCAGAGUCUGGAGCCCAGAACUCUGGCUUCCCUGUACUCUUGCUGAGCCCUUCUGGCCCAGCAAGAAACUCCCCAAAGCAGGUACGGCGGCACCGGUGUGGGGAGUGUGGCAAGGCUUUCCUGCAGCUGUGUCACCUAAAGAAGCACGCAUUUGUACACACAGGCCACAAGCCUUUUCUGUGCACCGAGUGUGGCAAGAGCUACAGCUCAGAGGAGAGCUUCAAAGCCCAUAUGCUGGGCCACCGUGGGGUGCGACCCUUCCCCUGUCCACAGUGUAACAAGGCCUAUGGCACCCGGCGAGACCUCAAAGAGCACCAGGUGGUACAUUCAGGUGCCCGGCCCUUUACGUGCGACCAGUGUGGCAAGGCCUUCGCCCGACGGCCCUCCCUGCGGCUGCAUCACAAGACCCAUCAGGUGCCAGCUGCCCCUGCUCCAUGCCCAUGCCCAGUGUGUGGGCAGCACCUGGCCAACCAGGGCUCCUUGCGGAACCACAUGCGGCUCCACACAGGGGAGAAACCCUUCCUGUGCCCACACUGUGGCCGGGCAUUCCGCCAGCGGGGCAACCUGCGUGGACACAUGCGGCUCCACACAGGGGAGCGUCCUUACUGCUGCCCACACUGCGCAGAUGCUUUUCCCCAGCUGCCCGAGCUGCGGCGCCAUCUCAUCUCCCACACUGGGGAGGCCCACUUGUGCCCCGUGUGUGGAAAGGCCCUCCGAGACCCACAUACCCUCCGUGCUCAUGAGCGCCUGCACUCAGGAGAAAGGCCCUUCCCAUGCCCCCAUUGUGGCCGUGCUUACACACUGGCCACCAAGCUGCGACGUCACCUCAAAUCUCACCUGGCGGACAAGCCCUACCGCUGCCCUACCUGUGACAUGGGCUACACCCUCCCUCAAAGCCUCAAGCGGCACCAGCUCAGUCACCAGCCCCAGGGACCUCCCAACCCCAUCUCUGUGCCUUCUGCUGCCUCUGAGCCCACUGUGGUGCUCCUUCAGACUGAGCCAGAGCUGCUGGACACAUGCAGCCAGCAGGAAGCGUCCCCAGACAGGGAUGUUGUUGAGGUCGCCAUUUCAGAGAGCCAGGAAAAGUGCUUCGUGGUGCCAGAGGAGCCAGGCUCCAGCCCCAGCCUAAUGCUAAUUCAUAAGGACAUAGGCUUUGGUGGUUGGGCUGAGGUGGUGGAGGUGGAGACAGGCACCUAACACUGGCACCCUCCUGACAGCUCUCCAUAAAGACUGUUCUAGC